UACUUGUACAAUUUACUUAGCCUAUACAAUUUCCACACAAGAACAGAAAAUUCAGGCCACGUAUGCUCACUGCAUCCAUUCAACAGCGCAUUACCUAGGAGCUUCCGUCGAAGCUGCAAGAGUAACCGCACUUGAUGUCCUUCCGUUUAGCUGAUAGCUCAAUGUUCGAGCCUGAGGGGGGCACUGACUGCCAUUUGUCUACACUGCAAUAAAUCGACACAGAAAACCAGCGCUUUUUGCUAACAGCUGGGAAGAGCUCUCGUCGAGCGAAGCAGGUGGCGCGUCGGUAUGGGGUCGCUUCGUUCUGCCUCGCUCAGACCGACGGGGUGUCGCUAAGCUGCAAAGUGGGCGAGGAAGAGAACCAGUUGUGACACGUAAUUCUGCUGCGGGUAACAAUUGCCGAAGGCUGACUUGAUUGUUUUGCUCUUUGAGGCGAGGAGCUAGAGAAUAUGGCACAUGUUAUUCUCGGUUAUUGGGACAUCCGAGGCCUCGCUCAGUCUAUCCGCUACCUGCUGGCCUAUGCCGAAGUCCCCUACGAGGACAAAAGGUACUCAUACGGCAGUGAUUCGGAGCCGAACCGAGAUGAGUGGCUGGCAGUGAAGUACCAACUCGACUUUGACUUCCCGAACCUGCCGUACCUUAUCGACGGCGACGUACGUAUGACGCAAAGCCAGGCUAUCCUGCGCUACUUGGGGCGGAAACACGGCCUGGUACCAAAGGACGAGGAAACGAUGCGGCGCGUCGAGGUGCUCCAGCACCAGGCCUUCGACAUCUUGUGGGAUACAGCGCGCCUGUCUUAUGACCCAGAAUACACGGAGGACAAGCGGCGGCAAUUCUUGGCUGAAGUGGCCGACAGGCUCCGUCAACUUGAAGUUUACUUGGCCAAGCACGGACCCUACGGAGCUGGGAAGAACGUCACUUACGUGGACUUCAUGCUCUAUGAGAGCGUCCAGGUGGUCAAGAUACUUGGACCUACCACAUUCAGCAAGGGUUACCCGGCUCUCGAGGAGUACUGCGACAGCAUCGCUGCCCUGCCAGGCCUUAAGGAGUACCUGGCGUCGGACCGGUUCAGAUCCUGGCCGAUUUGGAGUCCAUUCGCGAAGGCACUUUCCGCACGCAGCGGUCCGCCCGCCGACAACUGUUGAGAGAUAGCAUUCUGUGUUAGGCACGUGAAUUCCUUCUGCUAAAAAUGGCACUGGAAGCCAUAGAUCCCAUGAAUUUUCAGUGUAACAUAGUGCAUUCGAAGCUGUUGAUGUUUGUAUAAAGCGUACAUACCG